CCCAAACUUCGGCUGUCCUCCGCUUCAAUUUAGCAUAUCUCCAAGCCAGCAAUUAACACAUCCAAGGAAUUCACAUUGAGGAAGGGGAAAAACCCCAGACAUUGCCAUAAGUUCAUAUGGAAGAAAAGGCAAGCAAAUACAACAUGGAAAAAUGAGGCCAGAUGAACAACAGUACUCCUCUGCUUUAUUUAGUGGAAAGCGAUGAGUUGCUUUGAAAAAUGUCACCAAGAGCAUCCAAAAAUGUAAACAGUGGAACAUAGCUGAUGACAGUAUCUACACAGUCCUACUGAAGUGUCUAAAAACAAGAAACCAAAGAGACGGUGAACCCUGCAAAGCUUUCCCCCACUCAUGAGUAAUCCUAUUGAUUCCAGUAAAACACCUAACAUGAAGAAACGUAGAAGAAAUCAUAUAUUCCUUCACUGUAAAGAGAGAGUGACUUUUAAAGAGGAAACAAUGGCUUCAAACAGCAUAUUUGAGUCACUUCCUUCUUACCAGCACUUCUUGAGAGCAUAUGGAUAAUUCUUGGUUUCCAACCCUGCAGAUACAGUGGGUGACUCCUAAACCUAUACCAGCACCAGCCGCCGCUUCACGCCGCCCUCCACCACGCUGAGCCCGGGGAAGAUGAGCGAGCCGCUGCCGCUGCCCGGCGCCGAGCACAGCGGCGCCCUGGCGGGGAAGCUGCGCAGCGCCGACCGCAGCAUGGUGGAGGUCCUGGCGGAUCACCCCGGGGAGCUGGUGCGCACCGACAGCCCCAACUUCCUCUGCUCCGUGCUGCCCACCCACUGGCGCUGCAACAAGACGCUGCCCAUCGCCUUCAAGGUGGUGGCCCUGGGAGACGUGCCCGAUGGGACGCUGGUGACGGUAAUGGCUGGAAAUGACGAAAACUACUCCGCAGAACUCAGAAAUGCAACAGCUGCCAUGAAAAACCAAGUAGCAAGGUUCAACGACCUCAGAUUUGUGGGUAGAAGUGGAAGAGGGAAAAGCUUCACGCUGACCAUCACAGUCUUCACGAACCCUCCACAAGUAGCCACAUACCACAGAGCCAUCAAGAUAACAGUGGAUGGACCUCGUGAACCCAGAAGACAUCGUCAGAAACUAGAUGAGCAGACAAAGCCCGGGAGCUUGUCCUUUUCAGAGCGCCUGAGUGAACUGGAGCAGUUGCGUCGUACGGCCAUGAGGGUCAGCCCACACCACCCAGCCCCCACACCCAACCCACGAGCCUCCUUGAACCACACCACUGCUUUUAACCCUCAGCCUCAGAGUCAGAUUCAGGACACGAGGCAAGUACAGCCGUCUCCGCCGUGGUCCUACGACCAGUCCUACCAGUACCUGGGCUCCAUCGCUACCCCCUCGGUGCACCCCGCCACGCCGAUAUCACCCGGCAGGGCCAGCGGCAUGACGUCCCUCACCGCAGAGCUUUCCAGCCGCCUCUCCGGUGCUUCUGAUCUGACAGCAUUCAGUGACCCCAGGGUGGGGAUCGACCGCUCCUUCUCCGCGCUCCCUUCCAUUUCCGAUCCUCGGAUGCACUACCCGGGAGCGUUCACCUACACACCGACGCCUGUCAGUUCAGGGAUAGGAAUCGGUAUGUCUGCCAUGUCCACGGCCACGAGAUACCACACCUAUCUCCCGCCUCCGUACCCCGGCUCCUCUCAGGCCCAAGGCAGCCCGUUCCAGACCAGCUCACCUUCGUACCACCUCUACUACGGAACCUCGGCCGGGUCCUAUCAGUUCUCCAUGAUCUCAGGGGGAGACCGGUCCCCCCCGCGCAUCCACCCUCCUUGCACCAAUGCUUCCACGGGAUCGACACUCCUCAACCCCAACCUUCCCAACCAAAGCGAUGUGGUUGAGGCAGAAGGGAGCCACAGCAAUUCCCCGACUAACAUGGGCACCACAGCAAGGCUAGAGGAAGCGGUGUGGCGGCCAUACUGAAUGCAUUUUAAGUAGUCAUGGGCCAGGACUAACGUGCUUUCUAUUUACCGAUGCCCGUAGGUAUCCCAUAAACACCUGUCUUGCUUGUGGGCCCUGCCAUGUUCACACAUCACUUCCAGAAGCAAACUCUCCAGAAGUCAGCACUCCCAGGAGCGGGGGCGUGUGUUGGCCAGCCAGCUGUGGGGCUGGCGAAGCAGCGUCACGCCAACAAGGUACCCUCUCGGGGGGCUGAGCUUCUGGAAAGGAGGACGUUCAGGUUGGUGGCCUGUAGGUAGUGAGGGUGGGUAGGAAGAUACCCAGUUUGUUUCCAGGCCUGUGGCUUUCAAACGUGCCUGGGCUUGAAGGUCUCCACAGCCCUAAAGAGUUUCAGUACACUUCUAUUUUUAAGACUUAAGACCUAAAAGAAUCUUAGUGAGUUUACUGCAUCUUACGGACAUAUUAACUAUAAGGAAGUAUAGGAAGAUUCCCAGAGGGAAACUGUGAACGCUUCUGUUUUAGCAAUGCUGUGAAUGAGAGGUUUUAUAUGUUGGACUUCAUCCUUUCUUUUUUUUUUUUUUAACCACGUUGUAUAUUCCAAAGAAUAUGGAUUUUUUUAUUGCUGUUUUUUUUGUUUGUUUGUUUUAUUUUGGGUUCUUUUGUUGUUUUUGUUUUUGUUUUGGAUGCAACUCAUCCUGCUUUGCAUCUAUUUUGUUUUAUUUCUCUUGGCACCUUAUAAAUUGCAAAAAAAAAAAAAGAUUUUACUUUUUUUUGUUGUUUUAAUCAUGCUUGCUUCUUUCUUGCUUUGUCAACUGAAAGAAUCAGCCCUUUUUCAAUAAGUUAAUUUAACUUUUUUCUCUUGGACUUUUUUUUUAAUACAACGGCUACAGCCUUGGGUCAUUUUCAACUACUGUACUACUUUGAUGAGUUCAUUGAUAUUUAUGCUUGAUAUUUAGACUUUUCUUAUUUGUUGAUACUAUAAUUAUUUAAAUAUGCCUAUAUUAAAAAAAAAAAUCAGCAACUGCCUUUUUUGGUAG